UUUUUCAUAGAAUCACCACCCCAUUUGCUUCUAAUCCUUCAAGCAAACCUACAUUUUCCAUUUCAAGAAGAGAUUCCAUCCGGGUCUCUCUCAAAAACCCCACCUUUGAUGAUGGAUGCUGCUUCUGCUGCUGCAACUGCCUCAUCCCCUGCCAUAUCCAUCCAAAACCAAAAGUCACCAUUUCAAGACCUUCCAGAAGCUUCCCCAAAGCCUCACAAGAAAAGCUUCGUGACCACUCUAAUGGAAGCUGCCACUCUUCGCACCCCUUCCUUCAGAGAAGACAACUACUUUGUCUCCCUUCUCAAGUCUUCAGAGAAGAAAGCACUUCAGGAGCUAAAGGACAAGCUCCUUGCUUCUUUUGAUGGUGCUGCUUCUGAUGCUUCCAUGUGGGGUGUUCCUCUCCUUGGUGAAGAUGAUAGAGCUGAUGUUAUACUCUUGAAGUUUCUGAGAGCCAGGGACUUCAGGGUUGGUGAUGCUCUUAACAUGCUUCUCAAGUGCUUGGCUUGGAGGAAAGAGUUUGGUGCUGAAAACGUAGUUGAGGAAGACUUGGGGUUCAAAGAGCUUGAAGGAGUGGUAGCUUAUAUGCAAGGGUAUGACAAAGAGGGCCACCCCGUGUGCUACAAUGCUUAUGGGGUGUUUAGGGACAAGGACAUGUAUGAGAGGAUUUUUGGGGAUGAAGAGAAGCUGAAGAAGUUCCUCAGGUGGAGGGUUCAAGUUCUUGAAAGAGGAAUUAAGCUUCUUCAUUUUAAGCCUGGUGGUGUCAAUUCUCUCAUUCAGGUCACUGACCUCAAGGAUAUGCCUAAGAGAGAGCUUAGGGUGGCUUCUAACCAGAUCCUCUCGUUGUUCCAAGACAACUAUCCAGAAAUGGUGGCUCGCAAGAUUUUCAUCAAUGUGCCCUGGUACUUCAGCAUGUUGUAUUCGAUGUUCAGUCCAUUUCUGACUCAAAGAACUAAGAGCAAGUUUGUGAUCUCUAAGGAAGGAAAUGCCGCAGAGACACUCUACAAAUUUGUGAGGCCUGAAGAUAUUCCUGUUCAGUAUGGAGGACUGAAUCGGCCUAGUGAUUUGCAGAAUGGUCCCCCAAAACCUGCUUCUGAGUUCACAGUCAAAGGAGGGGAGAGAGUGAACAUACAAAUAGAAGGAAUUGAGGCUGGUGCAACAAUUACAUGGGACAUUGUGGUUGGAGGGUGGGACUUGGAAUACUGUGCUGAGUUUGUCCCAAAUGCUGAAGGAAGCUACACCAUAGCAGUUGAGAAGCCGAGGAAGAUUGGAGCCUCAGAAGAAGCAAUCCACAACUCAUACACUUCAAAAGAAUCUGGCAAAAUGGUACUCUCUGUUGAUAACACUGCUUCUAGAAGGAAAAAAGUUGCUGCUUAUCGUUAUGUUGUCCGCAAAUGCAGCACCAUUAAAGAUGGCCAUUAAGCCUCCACUAGUUUUUAGGAGCUUUUUAAUGUUUUGCUCAAGAUGUUUCUUUCUCCUGCUUUUUACUUUUUUGGAGGGUCUCAUUUAUGCUUCUGAACUUGUUUAAAGCCUUAUAUAGAGGUAUUUAUUAACUAGCAGUGUACUAAUGUAAUGUAAAAAAAAAAAAAGAGAAAAAUGGUGGGUAGUAUAUUGCUUGGUAUAGAAGAAAAGCAAUUAAGUUUGCUUAUAUAGCAUACCAUACUACUCUUUGUCCUUUUGUUCGUUUGUGAGCAUGUGACCUUUGCCAUUGUCCUUUGGGACACGUGGGGUAUUGAGAUAGAGACAGAGAGAUUGGCUAUUUGGCAUUGUGUAUGUAUGUUGCAAUCU